AUGAAGUUGUUAGUAUUACUGUGUUGUUUUGUUGCAUUUACACAAAGUGCUUUAAAUAUUAAUAGCUAUGACAGUUUAUGUGAUAUUUCCAUGAGAAAUCUACCGAACAAAGAUUAUAAUGUUACUAAAGAUGGUAUUGGAGUUGCAUUUAAUUUACGUGGAUUUGUAACACAUGACAAGCCUGUUGUUGCAUAUAUCUACUAUCCAAAGAAUGAGUCCAAAAUAUUUUUUGAUCAUGAAUUUGUUGAAAGAAAAUCAGAAAGUAAUCAAAUAAUUCUUUGGAAUAAUUCAACUGGAUCGACGUUUAAAAAUCAUCCACAUUGUGAAUUGUUGGUGGAAAUGGAUUGUGCAUACCCUGAGGUACCCGAACUUAGAAAAAAUGGUGAUUGCAAGUACAAAAUUAUGAUGAAGGUGCCUUCAAAGCAUAGCACAAGCACUUGUGGCGUAAUAAUUCACAAUAGGCUGCUAGAUUUAACACCAUUGAAAAAGAAAUACACUGUACACUCUGUAGCUAACAACGUCAAUACUACAUUUAGUAUUAGUUUAUGCAGUGAAAAUGAAGAUUGUCAAGAUCAGGCUAGUACUUGCGAUGUUACUAAUGAAACGAAUCAUAUUUUAAUUUCGAAAAGAGAUAGUGAAUUGAUUAGGUAUAAUGACAUAACAGGGGAUAUCGAGUUAACAGGAAAAGCUAAGAUUGGAAAAGCUGAAAAGAAGCUACAAAUAAUUUUUAAAUGCAAUUGGUUUAAGAAUGAUUCAGAACCUCAUUAUAAAGUUCCACAGAUACAAGGUAAAAAUUAUAAAUUUGAAAUGGAAUCGUGGCACGCGUGUGUGAAAUUACCGCCAACUUGUGAGUUCACCGAUAAAUUUUAUAAAUACAAUUUAACUGGACUGUAUAACCCCCAAAAAGACUAUGAAAUUGUGACAAAUACUUCAAAAAUAUAUUUAAAUGUUUGUGGACCACUGCUAUUACCUCAGAGUAAUAGUUGCUCUCGCACUUAUUCACAGGUAUGUUGGUCUAGCAAUGGAGACUGGAAAAGUAAAGGUAGACUGUAUACAGAACCAGUAGUGCAUAAGGAUGAUAAUCACGAUGAUGUUAUUAUUAUGAAAUUUAUUAGUGGAGAUGAGUGCAAGAUAAAUGAAAGUGUUAGUAUACAUAUGACAACAAUAUAUUUUAAGUGCUCGAAAACGGAAGAAAAACCAACUUUUAUUAAGGAUAGCAACUGUGAAUUACAAUUGAGCUGGAAGACACCAAAGGCAUGCCCUGUAAAUAAUAUAGAAAACUGCUCAGCUGAUACUCCUGUGAACAACCAACAUUUUGAAUGUACAUAUAGCAAUAAAUAUGAUACAUACAAUCUAAGUAAACUGUAUAGACAAAACGGUUAUAUAAUUCGAAAUAUUACUGAGAAUGAGGAAUAUCUUCUAAAUGUGUGUGGUCCAGUUUUAAGCCAUGACGCUCCAUGUAAACAGAACUCGAUGGUUGCGAUUCGCAAUUUACGUGAAUAUUAUAACCUUAAGAAAAAGAUACAUUUUUAUGGGCAGAUGAGAUCGAUUUACGUCAAAAAUGAAACACUGGUAAUGGAAACUGCUGGUGGAGAUUUUUGUGAAGAUCUAAAAACCGACUUUAAAAGUACAAUAUUUUUUGAAUGCGACAAAGAAGUAGAAGAAAGUGAAAUUAGACUUAGAUCCAAAACAAACUGUAGUUUGGAGUUUAUAUGGAAAAGUAAAUAUGCAUGUCCCAAUUCUACGUACAGUUGUACGUUUAAAGAUCCAAUUAAUUCAGGUUUCAUCUAUGACUUCACAAAAACGGAAAAAAGUUCUUUAACUGUUAAUGUAGCCGGUACAACUUAUUUAUUUGAUAUUUGUGGUGACAAUAAAUCUUGUAAGGAAAAUAGUUGCAUAUAUGUUCCAGUAAAAAAGUCAUUAGUGACAUAUCAAAACAAGACGCAUCUAGAAUUUCUACUUAACCAACCGUGUGCUCCUGUUAAUGGGUUUAACAGAACGCUUUUCGAGUUAGAAUGCGAUAACAUACAGAAUAAUGAUCAUUUCAGCGUAAAGAAAAUAGCAGCUUGCACUUUAAUUGUUUCACUUAAGACAAACCGAGCAUGUAAUAGUCAGAAUCACGUAGUUCCUGUUGAAUCUGUUGAACAUGACACUGGAUCCCAAGAGAAGCAUGAAUCUGUUGAACAUGACACUAGAACCCAAGAGAAGCAUGAUAAGAUAAUCCCUAUUGAACAAAUUCCUGAUGAACUGGACAAAUAUGACACAGUUGAAGAAUCUUCUAAUCCAGUAAUUCAGUAUACUAAGCAUUGUACAAUAACAAAUCCGUAUACUGAUUAUACUUUCAACAUAAGUAGACUUAAUCUAAACGUAUCAUCCUCGGUGUGUCCUGAUAAAUCUUUUAAUGAAGAGUCUCAGGUAGUAACUUUGAUUUACGACACGUCAAAUAUUUGUUUUAAUAAAGAUAAACGGGAUUACUCUCAGACCAUAGUCGAAUUAAAAUGUAACAAUAAUGUUCGGAAGAAUUCUACAGAGAACGGACGUUGUUUCAAAAAAUUUAUAUACGUUUUACCAGAAGCGUGCAAAUUGUUGGAGACAGGAAAAGUUUUACAGAGCAAAGUCGCAAGUAGUAUUAAUGUGGGUGCCAUAAUAGGUUACGUGUUCCUUGGAAUAGUUGCACUAGCCAUACCAGUAUUAUUAGUAGCCUUUUGGAUACAUAAGAAGCGUUCCAAUAAUAGAUGUUACGAGUCAUUAUUUAAAAUGGGCUAUCAUAAGGAUGUGGACGAGUGA